UGAUUACUUCAGAAAUCAUUAUUAAGCAACACCCACCUUUUCAUCACCGUCAAUCUCACUCCAUUCUGGCAUUCUCCAUUCACCUUCCACUACUACAGUCAUCCUUGUUUAACCACAAAUUCAAUCACAAUUCCACUUCUAUUUUCACACAAUCCAUCUCAUCAACAACAUCCAGAUCUCAAUUUGCUCAAUUCUAACAACCAUUUAUGAGAUAAUGAUCCGUACAUUUGUGUGUGUGUAAGUUAGGGUUUGAAACUUGAAAGUAUAAGAUCCAAAUCUCGAUUUGAUCAAUCAGAAGCUGAUAACGAAGCAGUUGUACAAGUUAGGGUUUGAAACUUGAAAGUAUAAGAUCCAAAUCUCUCGAUUUGAUCAAUCUGAAGCUGUUUACGAAGCAGUUAUGAGAGAAUGAUUCGUACAUUAGUGUGUGGUGCAAGAUAGGGUUUGAAACUUGAAAGUAUGUAUGUCUGGAGAAUCGAUCUGAAAGCAAUUAUGGGAGAAUGAUUCGUACAUCGUGUCGUGGUGUGUACAAGUUAGGGUUUGAAACUUGAAAGUAUGUCUGGAGGUGAUCAUAAUGAUAGGGAUGAAUUAUUGCCGUCGAAUUCAUCGUCUUCAGAUAGAGAUUUAGAAGGUCAGAUUCCAGUCAUUUUGUCUCCGAGAACAUCUGGAAGAAGUGGUAAGAGUAUUAAGCAUAUAUGGAGUAGACUAGAUCGAGCGUUUUCUGGUCGACGGCUUAGUAUUAAACGCCGGUCGCCUAGUACAAGGUGGUCGGAUAGGGAUAGGGACCGUGUGUCGCCGAGAAGAGGUGGAGCGAUUGGUGGUGAUGAUGAGAUUUUAGGUGAUGGUGCUCCACCUGAAUGGGCGUUGUUGCUUGUUGGAUGUCUGUUAGGGCUUGCUACUGGUCUAUGUGUCGCUGCGUUUAACCGUGGGGUGCAUGUAAUACACGGAUGGGCGUGGGCCGGGACUCCAAACGAGGGUGCUGCAUGGCUACGGUUACAGCAGCUGUCGGACACCUGGCAUCGGAUUCUUCUGAUUCCGGUCACCGGAGGAGUAAUCGUUGGAAUGCUGCACGGUUUGCUUGAAAUCUUAGAUCAAAUAAAGCAGGCAACUCCUGGAAAUGGGUCAAGCUUCCUUUCUGUAUUCUUUCCAACAGUGAAGGCUAUUCAAGCUGCGGUAACUUUAGGCACAGGCUGUUCAUUGGGUCCUGAAGGCCCAAGUGUAGAUAUUGGAAAAUCGUGUGCAAAUGGGUGCUCGUUAAUGAUGGAAAAUAAUAAAGAGCGCAGGAUAGCUCUUGUUGCAGCUGGUGCUGCUGCUGGCAUAGCUUCAGGUUUCAAUGCAGCAGUUGCUGGUUCAUUCUUUGCCAUUGAAAAUGUUUUAAGACCUCUGCGUGCUGAAAAUUCACCUCCGUUUACAACCGCAAUGAUAAUAUUAGCAUCGGUUAUCUCUUCAACAGUCUCAAAUGCUGUACUUCGGGAAAAACAGGCGUUCACAGUGCCCAGUUAUGAUUUGAAAUCUGCUGCUGAACUACCUCUAUACCUGAUACUGGGCAUGUUGUGUGGGGUGGUUAGCGUAUUAUUCACCCGUUUGGUAACAUGGUUCAAUAACGCAUUCGAAUACAUCAAAGAACGGUUUAAUCUUCCUGGUGUUGUGACACCGGCUCUAGGUGGUUUAGGAGCCGGAAUAAUAGCACUUAAGUACCCCGGGGUUCUAUACUGGGGAUUCACCAACGUUGAUGAAAUUUUACAUACCGGAAAGAUAGCUUCAGCACCUGGAAUCUGGCUUUUGGCUCAAUUAGCUAUAGCUAAAGUCGUAGCCACGGCUCUAUGUAAAGGGUCUGGGCUCGUUGGUGGGUUGUAUGCACCAAGUUUGAUGAUUGGUGCUGCGGUGGGUGCGGUUUUUGGUGGCUCCGCUGGUCAGUUGAUUAACUCGGCUAUUCCCGGGAACAAUGCUAUUGCUGAGCCACAGGCGUAUGCGUUAGUUGGAAUGGCUGCAACCUUGGCUUCAGUUUGUUCAGUUCCGUUGACUUCGGUUUUACUUUUGUUUGAGUUGACAAAGGAUUAUAGAAUCUUGCUUCCACUUAUGGGGGCUGUUGGGUUAGCAAUAUGGGUACCAUCUGUAGCAAACCAGUCAAAGGAGAGUGAGGGAUCUGAUACAAGAAAAGGCUAUUCUGUGCUUUCACCUGUUGACAAAUUUGAAAAUUGGAGACAAACAGGUGAUCUUGAUGAUCUCGAACUUUGUAUCAUGGGACCCAAUGAUAACCAUGAAACAAUUGAUGAAGAUAUUAUUCUGGAAGAUUUGAAGGUGUCACAGGCCAUGUCAACCAUCUACCUUAGCGUGGGAUUAUCCUCAACUAUUAAGGAGGCUAUACAAUGUAUGGAUAAUGGUCAACAAACAUGUGUGCUUGUUAUUGACCCUGAAGAACAUUUAGACGGAAUUUUGACUUACGGUGACAUUAAACAUGGCAUGUUGAAAAACUACGAUGAAAUCGAUGGGGCCUCUUCAACUCCUGAUUUUAACGAGUGUCUUGUUUCUUCUGUGUGCACACGAGGAAUAAACUAUCGUGGGCGAAAACGUGGGCUUUUAACGUGUUAUCCUGAUACCGAUUUGGCAAUUGCUAAAAAAUUAAUGGAAGCAAAAGGAAUAAAACAACUGCCGGUGGUACAACGGGCUGUCGAUUUUCAAGAGGAAAGAAAACGUAGGAUUGUUGGUAUUCUUUAUUACCAUUCAAUCUGGAACUGUCUCAGAGAGGAGUUGCAUAACAGGGGGCAAGAGUAUCAACCAAGGUCAGAGGACCAUACCGAAGAGAAGAUUUCCAAUGGCCAUUAAUUUGUAUUAUUUGCCACGUUGGACAUUUCAAGUAUCGGUCACCAACCUGGCAGACCAUACAAUAGCAGAAAUUUUGAAAAUUAGUCAUCAAAAUGAUAAAGGGUAUCCUGAAUACGUAAGACUCACGUGUUCUCAAAUCAAGAUGUUACAAUAUUAUACGUGUAAUAUGUCGAUACAAUUUUUUUAGUCAUAGUCAUAGGAUCAUCGGGAAAAUGUAGCGAAUAAAGCCUAAUUUAGUACGGUUUGUUCAUGUUUCUCUUUUUGUUCGGUCCUUGAUGGAUACAGUCAUCGGUUUUAGUUGUAUAAUAUAUCAAACAACGGGUGUUAAAUGAGUUGUCAAGACACAUGAAUCUGAAUGAGGCAUGAGUUUUAGCGUGUU